GGUGGCUUGACUUUCGGCCUGACGUUUCUACGCAGUAAAGUGUUUGCGACGAGCUUAGCUACCUCGCCUUACCAAGAACCCCAAGGACCCCUGGAAAGAUUGCUUCAUUUCUGUAGACGAUAGCUUGGUUUCUCUGAGCUUUUCUGGUUUCGUUACGUUCUUGCCUCUCCCAUUGCAUUAUCUCGAACAGGACUACAUAGUGCCCCUCCCUGGCCAGUCUCUCCUCGAAGCUCCCAAAGCCAUGGCCUCCGAAUCGCGGCUUUAUACCUUCUCUCAGGAGACAAAGGACCACCUGCGCAAGUUCCGUCUCGGAACAUCGCGGUCCAACGAUGCUCAAGCUGUCAUAUACUACAUCGAUAAGAACACGCACGAGAUCAAGCAAGACGAGGACAAGACCGUGUACAAGUCUCUCGAGGAAAUCAGCGACGAACUCCCGGACCACAGCCCGCGCUUCAUUCUCCUGAGCUACCCGCUUACACUGCCCUCCGGCCGACUGUCGGUCCCGUACGUCCUGAUCUACUACCUCCCCAUCACCUGCAACAACGAGAUAAAGAUGCUCUACGCCGGCGCCAAGGAGCUGAUGCGGAAUACGAGCGAGGUCGGUCGCGUGAUUGAUAUCCAGGAGGCCGAGGACCUGGAGGAGAUACCGCAGAAGUUGGGCGCUGAGUAAAGGGGAGGCAUGCCCUUGAAAAAAAAAAAAACAGGAGAUGGCAUGAAGCAUGAACAUUUGCGAGGCGAGGAGUACACUUCUAUGAAGACAGUUGAAGGGGGGACCACAGGCUUGGCCCCGUUCAUGAUGAAGAACAGGACGGUAGUAUGCAGCAUUUCGCGUACAUAAUACAAGUG